AUGGCAUUUGGUUCAAAGCCCCAGCGAGCUCGCUCUGGCUCAGGGCCCAAGCUCAAGGCUCCGGAGCUUCCAACCAUCCAUCCAUCGUUUAUUCAGGUAGCCAGGCCAUACAUGUUUGAACAGACAAUUCAAGACUGUAUCCAGGCCUUGGGAAUGACUACUAUUCGAGAAGAAGGAUUGCGUUUGCAAGGAGUCACGUGGAUUGACAAUGUGCGGAAGGCGCUCCGCCUGCCAGUGAGAACAUAUGACACUGCCACGAUGUACUACCAUCGGUUCCGGUUGACACAUCCGGAUAACGAAUAUAACUUCAUGGACGCAGCUGCAGCGGCAUUAUUCACUGCAUGCAAGAUUGAAGAUACACUGAAAAAGUCAAGGGAAAUUGUAUGCGCCGCAUACAACCUCAGGCUACCACCUUCAGAACACCUGGUGCCAGAUGACCACAUUUUUGACAUCAAUGCCCGGGGAAUUCUUGGACUUGAGAGGCUGAUGCUGGAGGCAGCAGGCUUUGACUUCCGCACUCGUCACCCUCAUAAGACUCUGACCAAGAUUGCCCGCCGUCACGGCCUUCCAAAGGAAAUCUGGAGCUUGGCCCAUCGCAUUUCACUAGAUCUAUACCGGACAUUCGCCCCGCUCAAACAAUCAACACCAUGUUUGGCGCUUGCCUCCCUCGAAUUGGCCAGCCGACUCUUGGGUCAGCGUAUUGGGGCCCUAGAGUCCCAAGAGGAAUAUGAGCGAUGGAACACAAAUCGGGAACAAGUCAUGGAACUCUAUACUCACCACCGUGCUUCAACAUCUGUUGGGCCGAUUUUCCCAGCAGAUCAGUUCCUGACUGUUCGUAUUCCACUGAACCAAGAAGCCAGAGAAACCAACAUCCCUCGAUUCGCAUUUUGGGUGGACCAACCCCGUGAUCAGGGGCCAUCGAGCGGUGGUGAGAGAUCUCCAGGAUCUUCCCAGCGCCCCCUCCACCCAUUGAUACCGGUUGCUGCUAGUGGUGAGCGACACAGGGCAGAUAAGGGCCGGGAAGCAGCUGUUCGGUUUAUGCUCGACCCUGCCCAAGCGGAGAGCGAGAAACGGCAGGUUGAACCAUAUUUCAGGGUUGAGACUGAACAGUAUGAGGUCACGGAAUGA